GCCCUAAAACAGGCACAACCAAGCGCAUCCCUACCCACCGCACCGCAUCGACCACGUUAUCCACGUAACGCACGUUGUCGUCGUCGAGGCCUCCUCUCACCAAUCUCCAGGCGCCCUCACCACGCACAGCCAAUUGCGAGCCUGAAACCCACGAAAAUAGCCCUGCAAGCCCACGCGCCAAGCCCUGCCCGCUAGUUGGAUACCCAUCAUCCCAGACAGACCGACACGACACCGACCCCAAACCCGAACCACCGUGAACCUUGCAACGCAACGACUCCCUAUCCUUUUUUUGCACCCUACCCAACGCGUCACCGGACACAGACGCCUUUACAGCUGACACUCCCCUUCUCCACACAUACGAACCUAUAUCAGCCGGGCAUCCCAUCGUCGGGUCCCGCUUCUUUUUUCUCUUUCGUCAUGACGACUACCGCCGCACAAGACGAAUUCAACGACCUUAUCCGCAGAAACGAAGACCUCGGCGACCGCAACCCACACCCAGAGGACAUUGACAACGACUCUGACAUCAGCGACCCUGAAUCUCCGGGCCGCGCAAACGACUACCUCGAAAAAGUCGAUACAGACGACGAACUCGACAUCCCAGCCGACAUGAGGGCAAACUACUACAUGCCGAACCUCCGCUCGGAAGCAAACACCGGUCCCAAAGGUGUCAUUGCUGAUGCGCAGGCGUUUGAGCAGGCCAAGAAACAAGCGAGGCGGUUCACGUGGAAGAGCAAGAGUGCGGCGCAGCCUGCGCAGUAUAAUGUUAGUGCGUAUCGGGAUGAGAAGAGCGCUUCGUCGGGGAGCGAGGAUGAUAUGGAUGAGGGCUUCAUGAGGCAGUGGCGUGAGGCAAGACUACGUGAGCUACAGAAUGUUGGCGAGAGGAUACGGUCGAGGACGAACAGUCCGAGUAGGAGGAUAUAUGGCGGCAUGCCGCUUGUUGAUGGAGAGGGGUAUUUGGAUGCUGUUGAUAAGACGGCGUCUGGGACUGUGGUUGUCGUCUUCAUCUACAACUCUGACCCCGACGCACUUGUAUCCCAAAGCUUCGAGUCCGUAAUGCGGGAUGUAGCUAAGCGCAACGACACCGUCCGCUUCGUCAAGAUGCACAACGACGACGCUGAGAUUGAGGACACGGGUGUACCUGCCGUGCUAGCAUACAAAGGCGGCGAGAAGUUUGCGGAUAUCAUUCCGCUCGUUGAUGCGCUGCCGGAUGAUAGCGAGUUGAGUGCGGUUGCGCUCGAGACGGUGUUUAGACAACGUCGCAUCCUCUGAACAUGAUAUUCAGACUUCGCCAUCUCACUACCACCUACCUACCUACCUCACAACCGUGAUACCCAUUUCGCGGUCUCUCCUCACGGUUCACUUCGGUGAAACAUCGGCGUUACUAUGUCAUCGGGUCGCACCAAACCCUCUCCGACCCUGGUAGUUUCAGCACGGUACAACAAUGCUCGCCUCGGCCCCUGCCUUCAUCUCACUCCGGGAUGACGGAAGCAUGUUCGCGCAGCUUGUUGCAGCGAUGAACCUCAUCUCUUUUAUGUCCUGAUUAUAUAUUUAGCGACGCGGUAUUGUUUAUAUGCAUGGCCGUGAUUGGCGUUUUGGAUUAGAUUGGGUUGUGGCCGCAGGGCUUUCUUGGUUAUGAGAAGACUGUGCUUUGCGACGAAAGGGUGUUGAUAGAUACCCAAUAUGAUGUUAGAUUUCCG